AGGAAGUGGAUACAAGUUGUGCUCUUGAGCAAGGCAUCGCCACACUCAUGUCAGAGUUGUGAGAAGGAAGACUUCCCUGGGCCAUGCAGAGGACAACGCUGGGCUUCUGGCCAACUUUCCACUUAAAUAAAAGCCCCUCAUCAUGGCCUCCAGUAUGUCACUUCGGGGUUACUCCGUAAGUCGUCAGCCGUCUUUCUCCAGCCGCUCCCUGAUGGAUACUGGCCGCUCCCGCGCCUCCGUCUCGUUCUCCGCCGGCGGCGCCCUGACCCGAUCGGCGUCAAUCAGCCACGACCUCAACGGCCCGGCCGGCCUGCAGCUGAACGGGGUGCACGGCAACAGCACCAACGAGAAAGAGGCCAUGCAGAGUCUCAACAACCGUCUGGCCAAGUACCUGGACAAGGUGCACUCGCUGGAACGCUCCAAUGCCGACCUGGAGAUGAAGAUCAAGCAAGUGAUGAUUGAACGCAUUCCCAAAGGUCACGACAUGGACUCCAUGAUGGCCCAGGCUCAUGCGAUCGAGCAGGAGGUGAGGAAGAAGACCUUGGAAAAUGCUCGUCUCAUGUUGGAAAUUGAUAACGCCAGACUGGCUGCCGAUGACUUCAGGAUCAAAUGGGAGACUGAGCUGGUGAUGUGUCAGUCGGUGGAGCGAGACUGCAUGGCGCUGAAGAAGGCCAAGAGUGACCACGAGCAGAUUAUUGCCUCCCUCAGGGGCGACCUGGACAGCCUAAAAGAGGAACUUUACUUCCUUAGGAAGAACCACGAGGAGGAACUCGAGCAGAUGAAGUCUCGAAUAGCCCGAGAUGAGGUGAACGUGGAGGUGGACUCGGCCCAGGGACCAGAGCUGGGAGCCAUCCUGUCUGAGCUGCGGAUCCAGUACGAGGGCAUUGUCAAGAAAAACAAGGAACAUGCCGAGCACUGGUACCGCAAGAAGCUGGAGACGGUGCAGAAUGAUGUGAAGGAGAGCAAUGAGGCCCUGAGAGGUGCGCAGAGCGAGUUGGUCGAGAGGCAGCGCUUCCUUCAAACACUCGAGGUGGAGCUGGAGAGUUUGCACAAGCAGGUUGCAGCCCUGGAGGGUAACUUGGGUGAGGCGGGUCACAAGUACUCCGCCGAGAUGGAGCGUCUGCAGGUCACCCUGAAUCAGCUGGAAGAAGACCUCUCGCAGCUCCGGCUGGACAUGCAGCGCACCAAGACCGACUACGAGCAGCUGCUGCGCAUCAAACAGAACCUGGAGAUGGAGAUCGCCACCUACAGGCGCCUGCUGGAGGGAGAGGAAAGCAUUAAGGAAGUUCCACCUCCACCAAAAAAAGAGCCCGACGUUCGCACCAGGAAGAUCGUGAAGGUGGUGACGCAGACUAUGGUCAACGGCAAGGUGGUGGACGAAUCCAGCGAGGUGGAGCAAAUCGAGGAGACCAAGAAAUAGGAGGUAGCAUGUGGGAUCCAUUAAUAACAAAAGCAAAAAAAGUAUGUGAGAAAUAUGAUUCAUUACUGGUGGCGUUAUUUGGCUCUCAACAUUCUGCCUUUUGAAAUGUAAUCUAACAUAGCUGUGCAUGCUGUACUAUGCUUAUAUUAUUAGAUUUGUUGGUGAAAAGGGCAGCUGACGAAGCGUUUUACAAAAGAAUACUGUACCUCGAGGAAAUAUUUAUUUCUUAGGGUAUCAAAGUUUACCGUAGUGCACCUAGGACAAGCGCAAGGAUAAUGUUUAAUCAUCCUGUCUUUGUAUUUUGCUCAAUAAAUGUUCACUUACUCUUGA